UGGAAGAGAAUACCCGCCGCUGUGUGGAUCAUAUGAAAACUGUUUCUUUUGACUAUGGGUUUCAAAACUGUAUUUCCAGCUGGCCGUAAAAUACCCUCGUUUAUGCUACCAAGAAACGUUGCAUCGUUAUUAUGCUCACUCUUUCCUUAGAUCUAAGAACUAUCCUUCUAAUCGUUCGGUUGGCCAACUCUCACCCGCUCCGGUUAAUCACCGUAUUGGGAGAGAGGGCUGAACUACCUUACGUUCUCUCGCAACCCACGCAAGCCCGCCCAUUAACGUACAAUUCCUACGUGCUUUCGUCCACAUCAUACACCAAAUCCAUUACCUGGCACAUCAUAAUCUUUGUUUUCUAGCUCAAUAUAACUCGAGAAACAGGAA